AUGGCAGGCUGGAGGCCCUGGGCUGACCAGAUGAAGGAGAUGACGCCAGAAGUCGAGUGUCAGCAGGCGUGUGCAGUUGAAGCCUGGGUUCGGCGUGUUGUCGUUGCGCACGGGCUUUGUCCUUGGGCUGACGGAGCACUGAGGCAAAGAAGCUUGGCUGUUGUAUCGUUGUUUGAAGAUGACGAGGAGCAGGUGGCAGCCGCCCUGGUGAGUCACGCACAGUUACUUGCACUGCAGCACCCGCCGGAGGGUGCCGGUGCCACGACGCUGCUUGUGGCACCCAGGUGCGAAAAGCUUCUUGACUUCGAGGGCUACUUGGAGCUCUGUGAUUGGGUUGAAGAAGCCUUUUCAGAGCUGGACCUGAUCGGCAAGGUGCAGAUGGCUGCUUUCCAUCCAGACUUCCGCUUCAAUGGCUCUGAUGCGGCGGACUGUGCAAACUUCGUUGGUCGUGCUCCAUAUCCUGCUUUUCAUUUGUUGCGGGAGGAGGAGGUUUCUGCUGCCCUGGCAAGCUUUCAUCUGGUUGGCCGAGAACCUUUCCAGGGCCCGGAGGAGGUCGGCGCGUUCAUCGCGGAGCGAAAUGCAAGGUUUCUCCGCGAUCGGGGACGAGAAGCCUGCUUACGAAGUGUCAGGGCCUGCGACGCGUCAGACCUGCCAUGCGGACAAGCAAAAGAUGCACAGCGAGGGAGGGGUAGGCUCGGGCCCAAGGGGUGUCCAGCACCCAUCCGUAAGGUGCUGCUGCUGGACAUGAAUGCUCUGCGCUAA